AUGAAAGUGGUUCUUUCUGGUAGUACAGGGUACAUUGGGGCUGAAGUUCUUUCCCAAUGCCUGAAUCAUCCAUCCAUAACUUCUAUUAUACUUCUCACUCGUCGGAAUCUCGAAGCCUUGGCUGAAAACCCCAAAGUCAAAGUAAUCGUUGUCGACGAUUUCACCUCGUAUGACGAAUCUACCGUCAACGAAUUAAAGACUGCGGAUGCUGCGAUUUGGUGUUUGGGCACAUAUAAUGGCGACGAGAGAGUCGACAUUGAAUUUCCCCUCACAUUCAUCAAUUGCAUAAAGGCACGGCCUCUUGGGUCACCGCAAUUUCGAUAUGUUCAGCUUGGCGGGGCCUUCACCGAACCACCUUCAGAAGAAGGUCAGGAAGAACGGUCUCUGUGGUACUUCUCCAGUGGACGGCGAAUUAGAGGUGCAGCAGAGGCAAGGGUCUUGGAAACUUCGGAGCAUGGCAUUCAGAGCACAUUCAAGGUUUAUCUUGUCAAGCCCGGAGGAGUGCUACCUAAAAGUGCGGCCAUACUUCAGUGCAUUUUUGGUAGCUCUUUGUCGGUUGGAAUUGUUGAACUGGGCGCCACGAUGGUUGAUUUAGCGGUACAUGGAAAUGACAAACAGGUGUUUCAAAACAACGACAUAUAUCACUACCAUCCCAUGGGUCUCGAAAGAUAG